UCCAGAUCCAUUUGCUCCGCCAGCAGCUGGCUGCUGCGUCACAGCUUCGAAUCCCUUCGCCCUAGUGUUUGCUUGCUUACACACUUACACUACCCAAGCCCUUUGCCGGCCGCUGCUGGCCGGCGGGCUUUUGAGGGGGUCAUGCCUGUAACUCUCUUUGCCUUGCUUGGCGUUUACCAGUCUUCGACAAUGUUCGGGACUGCACCGUCAGUUCAUAGCUGCUCGGAAACACCUGAAAUCACUGCACUCGUGACAGCGACGGACAUCGGCCGCUCAACGCCCAUCAUCGCGUGUCGCGCUCCUCGGUCAAGCACAAAACCUCCGAUCAGUGCUCUAUUAAUAACGAUGCCAAUAUCAGAGCCACAGACAAGACCCAUAUCCGUACAGGCCCGGCGAUCAUAUCCAGUCGCCCUGGCCCCGGAGACGCAUCGGAUGAUGUAUGUACCUCAGCGAGAGAGGCGAUCCAAAUCAGAUACUUACUGUGUCUUGUCGACAGGGGCUCGUGUGUUCCGACUGCACACCUUCACACGCUACUGUUACGUUGGCGGAGCUCUGAUGUUGCAGGCCAGAACUAGCCAACGGGAAAGCCCAACGAUCCCUACCUGCAAGUCACUGGGUAGCGAGGCUUGGCCACCGGCCUUCGUUGUUCGACAGCGAAUCACUCAUGUGGGUUUCUGUGGUCCCCCGGAAACCAUCUCCUGUUAACGACAGGUCAUGCCGGGAGGAAGCCCGUCCAGCACAGAUCCGCUUCGGCCUUAUCCACGCGCGCUAUCCGAUGGGGACUCGACGUUGACGAUGCCCUUCAAGAUCCAUACCCGUCGAAACUCUCAGUCCAUCGCCCUCUCUCGCCCUCUCUUGCUCUCUCUUUCUUGAGGCUCGCUUGCCACGAAUGCAUUGCCUGGACCAAAGGGCCCCGUUUCUCUGCGUUAUCCAGCCCACAAUCUUGAAACAACUCUUGCCGCCCACUCACGAAUAGAAUGCGGCUGGGGCAGCUCACGCCGGCGAUGCCGCCCACAGGUUGACAGCACCCAGCGCUACCGAUACGCUACCU